GGGUGCCCGGCCACUGGGCUUCUCCAGCAAGCGAGUGGUCAGCAAGCAGCCGGAGCCGCAGCCGCGCGCGCGUCCAGUCCCGAGGCCGACGCCAGCUCGCCGGCAUGGCUCCCGCAGCUGCUUCGGGUGGCAGCUCCCUGCCCAGUGGCUUCUCGGUCUUCGCCACCUUCCCAGACUUGCUCUUCGUCUUUGAGUUUAUCUUCGGGGGCCUGGUGUGGAUCCUGGUCGCGUCCUCCCUGGUGCCCAUACCCCUGGUCCAGGGCUGGGUGAUGUUUGUGUCUGUGUUCUGCUUUGUGGCCACCACUGCCUUGCUUGUCCUGUACAUCAUUGGCGCCCACGGCGGGGACACGUCCUGGGUCACCCUGGACGCAGCCUACCAGUGCGUCGCUGCCCUGUUCUACCUCAGUGCCUCCGUCCUGGAAGCCCUGGCCACCAUCUCCAUGCAGGACGGCUUCAUCUACAAGCACUACCAUGAGAACAUCGCGGCCGUG